AUGGAAUUGAGCACUUUGAAAUUGACAAUGAAUUCAGUGAAGGGCAUCGGUGCCUUUGGCCAAGCCUUUUGGAGAUUUAUUAAAGAAGAUAUUGGGAUUCAUCAUAUAUAUCCCGACCAACAUUCAUAUGUUAAAAAGAAGCCCACUUUCUAGGAAAGAUAAGAUAAAAUAAAUCUAAUGCUGGAAAAAGUUGAAUUUAACGAUGAAAAACUCACUCCUUAAGAGCAACUGUUACAAAAAUGGUCAGACGAGGCACUUGAAUUGCAUACUUAUAUAAAAAAGCUUGGAUUGAUGCCAGAUAUUUGCAUUCAGGAUUAUCUUGUUAACUUCUUUGUUUCUCUGUAUUUCCAAAGAUAAGGUAUUCAGCAAAUGGAUGAUUUAUUGAAUCAGCUUAAUAACCUACUAGUCCUGAAUUUAUCUUACAAUUAAAUAUCAAGAGUGCAAAACAUUCCUCCUAAUCUUAAAGAGUUAUAUUUGACUGGAAAUUAGAUAACAGAAAUAGCUUCUAACAUCAGAACACCAAGUUUAAUUCAUCUUGGUCUUGGAUAUAAUAGACUUUGCAAUGAUGCUUUAAAGCAAAUUUCAAUCAGCUUUACCGGUGUAUUUUCAAUUGACUUAGCUUACAAUGAGAUAGAUAGCCUUUAAAACGUUGUAAACUAGUUUGGAAGUCUGGCUGACCUGAGAAUGCUUAGUCUGAUUGGAAAUCCAUUGGUACUCACACCAAAGUAUAGAGAUAUCGUCAAGUAAUAAUUCAGACUUCUGAAAAUAUUAGAUAAUCUACCAACACUAAAUGAGUCUGAUAGCCCUAAAAAGAAGAGUAAAAAAGCUUAAGAUCCUUCAUUAAACUAAAUAAUUGAAAUAAAGGAAGAAUUUGCAUUUGAUUUGCAAUUUAGAGUAUUACAAAACAUUGAUGGAGUCUAUUUAAAUGAAGAUUGCUGCUAGAAGAUGGAGCUUUUGGACACACUAUAAGACUAUGAAAAAUCAUCAGUAUUUUGGUUGAGCUAUACCAAUCAUCUUGGUUAAGUAGUAAAUACUGAGAAAAAGGUGUGGAUACAGAAUUUCUCAGUUGAUAAAGACUCAGGAAUUGGAAAGACUGAUUUUGGAUUUAAACUAAGAUUUUUAGAAAGACCUAGCUUUGAGCUAAGAGAAUGGAUGAGAAGGGAUUUAAUUGUGGAAUUAUGGGAAACAAGACCCAGAAUUGUAGAGAAAAAGUAAGAAGAUGAAACUUUCAUUAAAGAAACAGUAUUUGAUGAUAAUGGUAAGCCUGUCAUAGACAAAAGACUAAGAGGAGUAAGAAUUUUUAUGCUAACGUUUUAUGUUUAGAUCUUGAAGGUGCCCUUAAACUAAUGGAUUUAAAAACCAGAAAUAACCUAAGAGGAAACUAUUAAUCACUAGAGAUUAUUUUUCUUUGAUAGCAAAUACAAAUCAGAACCAGAAUUUAUGUUUGACAACUACUAUACUUCGUUGAAAGAUGCAGAGAAGUAAAUUCUUGUGGAACAUUUGAAUUAAGUUGAAUAAGAAAUUUUCUAGAGAAAGUAACAAGAAGAAGCUGCAAGAUAAUCUUAAUUAUAAGCUAACUUAGCUGGAAAGCCCCCAGGUAAGGGUGAUGCCAAAAAAGAUGCUAAAGGUGCUGCAGGUGCUAAAAAAGGAGCACCAGUUGAGGAUAAGAAUGCUCCUAAAACUAUUAACAUUGACUAUCCUGAUGUACCAAGUGCACCUAAUUAUUUAAUAUACGAGAAAAACUAUGCUCAAAUGAGAAUAUAGAUCCUCUAAGAAUAGUAAAACUUGAAUUAAUAGCAGCACUCAAAGAAACCAGCUAAAAUUGAGACAGCGGAGGAGAAAAAGGCUGCAAGAGCGAAGGAGCUGAUUUCUCAAUAUCAAAUUAGCAGAGGUCUAACUUUUAACUUGGUUGUAAAGACCAGAUUCAAUUUGCCAGAGGAAGUAGUUGAGGUCAAGAAAGAUCCAGAACCAGUUGUUGAUCCUAAGAAGAGAAAAUGA